AUGAACCCAUGGAAGGCCUUGGUCUACUUCUCAUCUCUUCCUGCGGCACUGGGACAGAACGGCGGGACUGACUUCUCAACAUGGUUCAACAUCACCGAGUUCCCCAACCCCCAGGUCGCCAACGUCGCACGCCUUCAGGCGGAGGCCCAAGAGCUUGCCCAGGGAAGGCUCUGGUAUGACUAUGUCCAUCGAUGCAUCAACUCCCAGAAAUACCCGACGAUUUCCAACAACGUCCAGACUCCUGGCUGGGUGACCCCUGCUCGGGCUUUCGACUCCCUCUUCUUUGUUGGCUACUCAUUCGUGUCAUCUUGGGCUAUCGGCACAGGUGACGGAAUCAUCUUGAUUGAUGCGCUCAACAACGCUGAAGAAGCCGAGAAGGUCAUUAUCCCGGGACUGAAGGCCUUUGGAUAUACUGCUCGUGACAUCAAGGCCUUGGCCAUCACCCAUGAGCAUUUCGACCACUACGGCGGAGCUGCUUGGUUCCAGGAUACGUUUAAUACCCCUAUCUACGCCUCCAGUGCGGCAUGGGCUGGUAUGAAGAAACUUCAAGGCACCCCGAGCAUUGACAAGACUCUUGACGAGGGUGACGUCUUGGAGAUCGGCAACACCACGGUGCGCGUCUUUUCGACUCCAGGUCACACACCGGGCACCAUCUCUCUGAUAUUCCCCGUUUAUGACCGUGGCGAAAAGCAUGUUGCAGGACUGUACGGCGGCGGAGGCAUUCCCAGCAAGGCGGAGGACAAGACCACCCAGGUCCAGUCAUUUCUGAGGUUCAGUCGCCUGGCUAAGGAUGCGGGGGUGGAUGUCCUGUUGAGCAACCACUAG